UGUAGGGAGAGCAGACCAAGAGGCCUUCCAUGCACAGAUGUUGUCCAGGAUGCUGGAUCUCCGUGCUCUGCUGUUAAUCGGCCUGGUGGGGAAGCCAGUCAUCGGGUUCUCACUGAUGUCCUUCAUUGCGCCCCCAGACCCAGAUUGGACGCCGGAUGACUACUACAGCUACGAGUAUUCCAGCCCGGACGAAGUCCCCAGUGUCAUGCCGACCUCCCCUGAGAACCCUGACUGGUACUAUGCAGACGAUGAUCCGUGCCAGUCCAACCCCUGUGAACACGGUGGGGACUGUAUCAUCAGAGGGGAUACCUUCCAUUGCAACUGCCCAGCCCCCUUCUCGGGAAGCCGGUGUCAGAACGCCCAAAACAAGUGCAAGGACAACCCGUGUGUCCAGGGUGAAUGCCUCAUUACCCAGAAGCCUCCUUACUACCGCUGCGCCUGCAAAUACCCCUACACAGGGCCAGACUGUUCCAAAGUGCUUCCGGCAUGCAAACCAAAUCCCUGCCAGAAUGGUGGUGUCUGCUCCCGACACAGACGGAGGUCCAGGUUCAGCUGUGCCUGUCCAGACCACUACAGGGGGAGAUUCUGUGAAAUAGGUCCGGAUGACUGUUACGUCGGUGACGGCCACUCUUACCGAGGUAAAGUGAGUAGGACAGUGACCCAGAACCCAUGCCUUCACUGGAAUUCCCACCUCCUCCUGCAGGAGAACUACAACAUGUUUAUGGAGGAUGCUGAGACCCAUGGGAUUGCAGAACACAACUUUUGCAGAAACCCAGAUGGAGACCACAAGCCCUGGUGCUUUGUUAAGGUUAACAGUGAGAAGGUGAAAUGGGAAUACUGUGACGUCUCAGUCUGCCCGGCCCCAGAUACUCCUGACCCGGCGGGAAGCCUUCUGGAGCCUGCGGUGGAACUGCCAGGGUUCAACUCGUGCGGGAAGACAGAGAUAGCGGAGCACACAGUCAAGCGCAUCUACGGGGGCUUUAAGAGCACAGCGGGCAAGCACCCGUGGCAGGUGUCCCUGCAGACCUCACUGCCGCUGACCACCUCCAUGCCUCAAGGUCACUUCUGUGGGGGCGCCCUGAUCCACCCCUGCUGGGUGCUCACCGCAGCCCACUGUACUGACAUAAGCACCAGGCAUCUGAAAGUCGUGCUGGGGGACCAGGACCUGAAGAAGACAGAAUCUCACGAGCAGACCUUCAGGGUGGAAAAGAUACUGAAGUACAGUCAGUACCUUGAAAAAGAUGAGAUUCCCCAUAAUGACAUUGCUUUGCUCAAGUUGAAGUCAGUGAAUGGUCGCUGUGCUCUGGAAUCCAAAUACGUGAAGACCAUAUGUUUGCCCAGUGACCCCUUUCCCUCGGGGACUGAAUGCCACAUCUCCGGCUGGGGUGUGACGGAAACAGGGGAAGGGUCCCGCCAGCUCCUGGAUGCUAAAGUCAAGCUGAUCUCUAACCCUUUGUGCAACUCCCGCCGACUCUAUGACCAUACAAUCGAUGACAGCAUGAUCUGUGCAGGAAACUUGCAGAAGCCUGGAGCAGACACCUGCCAGGGUGACUCCGGGGGCCCUCUGACCUGUGAACGGGACGGCACUUACUUUGUCUAUGGGAUCGUGAGCUGGGGGCAGGAAUGUGGCAAGAAACCAGGAGUCUACACUCAAGUCACCAAGUUCCUGAACUGGAUCAGAAACACCAUGCAUAGAGAGACCGGCUUCUGAGGUGCCAUCUUGGGAGCCUUGAAGCCCCUCCCUCCUCUUUAGCACCAGACAAAAGGGGUUUCCCGGGCAGCCAGGGAUGUCCUUUGCAUCCCAGAAGACCAUGUAGCUGAAGACCACACUUUCCACAGAGACUGUUGCCAAACCAUGGGCCUAUCCCAGAACCAUUUCAUGAGGGCCCACUCUGCCCGCCUUCCCCCUUGGGAACCAAUGAGAAAUAUGAUGAUUUUUGCUCCCCUUCACCCUCCGGAAAAGCAGAACUCGAAGAGACGGUCUUCACCAUGGACACCCGCAAACGUGAGGUUCCUAAAUGCCCAGCAUCAGCACCAGGGAUGUCUCCUUGACUCUUCCUCCCCUGCCCAAACCAUCAGGGUUCUAGCCAAUCUGACCCACCCAUCAGAGAGAAGCCCCCAAAGCACACGCUCCAGAGUUUGCUUUCAGAGCUGUUUUAAUCAAGGCAGAGGCGGAGAUGGGGAGGGCGUGGCCAUUUUUUUAACAACUCGUGCAGACUGAAGCCCCACGUGAAGGCAUGCCUCCAGCCAGCAACCCUCCAACGGCUGGCCUCUCUCUCCCGAGGACGCAGCUGCGGGUGGCCGCUCACAUCAGCAGAGCCUUCUUCCUGUUGAUGUGCAGAAUCUCCGAGGCGUCUGGGUUCACCUCCGGGCUCUGAUGAUCUCUGUGCCCCAUUUGCUCCGGCCCUGCCUGCAGAAAUCACACAUAGCCCCCACCCCAAGUGCACAUGAAGCUCCCACAAGCCAUGCUAAGACGCCGGCCCAACAUCUGACACAUCCGCCCCCCCUCCUUUGUCCUCUCUUCCACCCUGCCCAAGAAAAAGGACCCUCGAGGCAAAGAUGAGAAAGGAGCAAAGCCCGCGUCUCAUUUAGAUGUGGUGUCUCUUUUCUGAACAAAGUCGGGUUCAAAAUGCAGACUGUUGGAGCCAGCGAGUCCCUGACCCUUUCCGUGCAUAUAACGAGCUAACACUCAGCACAGCCUGGGCUGCCCUGGCCCGGGAUUGAUGUCGCCCUGGUGGGUUUGCCUCUGCAGAACUAAUGGCUGUGACUUCAGAGGAAGCCUGCGGGAAGUUUAACCCACGUGUCACCGGCCCGGUCAUCUCAGACCCAUGAAAUUAGGCGCCUUGUUCGGCUGCCUUUCACGCUUCUUUAGAACUGGCUGACCUUUGCCCAAAAAUAAACUUUGAAAAGCAA